UGUAAUAAAGCAGCCAAAUCUCUUAUCUACAAGCUUCCUUCAGAUGUAGAAAAGCUGGUUAACACAAGUUCAUAAGUAGCCAAACAGAGUACGUUGGUUUGGUUUCCAUUACUUGUCUGGAAUCUGGAUAAGCUGCAAACCAACAUCCACGACCCGUUGUCAAAUCCGGCACCAGCAUCAUAAAUUUCUUUCCUUCACGUAGAAGUAGCUGAGAGAGCAGACCAUGGUUUGCUAGAAGGGAUGAGAUGACGAAGCUUGCAGGAUAUUCCCUGGCCGUUUCAUUUGCUCCCAUAAGUUAUAAUUUAGUUAAAAACAAUUGCAGAUUCACGAUAGGUAUAUCGCGUAGGAACAAAUGCAGCUCUAGGUUAUUUUCCAUUCAUGCCCAGAAAGAACAAUUGCAUGAGAAACCUGGGGUGGUUGGCAGAUACUAUUUUCCUCCUUGGUUUAGUGUUGCUCCAAUGAUGGACUGGACAGACCAUCACUAUAGGACUCUAGCACGCCUCAUAUCAAAACAUUCUUGGCUGUACACUGAGAUGCUUGCAGCUGAAACAAUUGUUCAUCAGAAGGACAAUCUGGACAGAUUCUUGGCAUAUUCUCCAGACCAACAUCCCAUUGUGCUUCAAAUUGGAGGGAGUAAUAUAGAAAGUUUGGCUAAAGCAACUGAACUUGCUAAUACUUAUUGCUAUGACGAGAUCAACUUAAACUGUGGAUGCCCUAGUCCAAAAGUUGCCGGGCAUGGGUGUUUUGGUGUGAGCCUUAUGCUUAACCCCAAGUUUGUUGCUGAGGCCAUGUCAGCAAUUGCUGCCAGCACAAAUGUACCUGUCAGUGUCAAAUGUCGAAUUGGUGUGGAUGAUCAUGAUUCUUACCAUGAGCUGUGUGAUUUUAUAUACCAGGUUUCUUCUCUAUCACCCACUAAGCAUUUCAUAAUUCACUCAAGGAAGGCACUACUCAAUGGCAUUAGCCCUGCUGAAAAUAGGAGUAUUCCUCCGUUAAAGUAUGAAUACUUCUAUGGCCUCUUACGUGACUUUCCUGACCUAACAUUUACAAUCAAUGGUGGUAUUACUAGUGUUGAUGAGGUCAGUGCAGCUCGAGAAGCUGGGGCUCAUGGUGUUAUGGUUGGACGUGCAGCAUACAACAACCCUUGGCAUAUUUUGGGACAUGUUGAUGCUACAAUUUAUGGUACACCAAGGUGUGGUCUUACACGUCGUCAGGUCCUUGAAAAAUAUCUAGCCUAUGGGGACUCGGAGUUGGGAAAAUAUGGACAUAAGCCAACUGUGCGGGAUAUUGUGAAGCCUUUACUCCAUCUUUUCCAUUCGGAACCUGGGAAUGGACUUUGGAAGCGCAAAGCUGAUGCUGCUUUCAGAAAUUGCACGACAAUCGAAUCAUUUUUUGAAGAAACCCUUGUAGCAAUUCCCGACUCAGUAUUGGAUUCGCCUGUUGCGGAACCACCACCCGGCCGUGGAGAUCUUUUUGCUAACAUACACAAUUUAUUGCCUCCUUCAUACAGAAAAAGGGAAGAAGCAGUAACCAUCUGUGCUUAGCUUCACGUGUGCCCUGCAAAACCAAGCUGUAGUCAUUGCCUCUUUUAUUUGUUUAUUUAUUUUUAUUUGUAAAAUGAAGUGAUAGGUCUCAUGUAACAGCUCAUAUUAAUACAACAUAAAUGCAUAAGCUAUUUUUUGUAAGCAAUUGAUUUUGAAUGUAAUCCAUUCGAUGUAGAAGCCAGGAGCAUAAAAUAGUGGAUUGAAAUUCUAUGUUGCGUUUGCUUUCACUCAUGUUUGGGCCACGGAAUCUUGUAAUGGAUGUUAAAACUAUAAUAUAGAAUAUUGACAAAAAAAAAAAAAGAAGAAGAAAAACACUGCUAACAA